CCAAACUCAAUCACAUCAACCAUGACAAAGUCCAACCUGUCCCACCACUAUCAUAUAAUUUAAUCUUUUUUUUUUUUUUACAAAAUUGGGUUAAAUAAACAAACCCAAAUCAAAUUCCAACCUUUUUCUUUUCUCAUCUUUUUCUGAAACUCCCAAGGGUGUAAUGAAAUUUUCCAUUGAAAGCCAGCUUACUUUUUUCUGUUCUUCUUCUUCUUCUUCUUCUCUUUCGCAUCUUAUUCUUCUCCUUCAGGAAUGAAAGAUCCUCGCGCUACUUAUCAAACCGCCGCCGCCACAGCUACUUCAAACAUGGAUGCUUUGACCACUACACUUUGUAAUUCCAUCGGAGCUUUAGGGCGUGGUUUUGAUGUUACUGCUGAUAUUCGUCUUCUUUACUGCAAAGGAACACCUGGGUCGAGGCUGGUUCAGCUCGAUGAUGCUCAUACCAGGGAUCUUGUUUUGUCUGAUGGAGUUGUGGUUCCCAAUGUGCCUGAUGAUGUUCAGUGUUCUUCAGAUACCAGGGCAACCGAAAACGUCCCUGUUUGUAGCUUCCACAAGAUGGCAGAGUACUUCAAUCAGAAAUCCGGUAUAUCAGGAAAUAUCCCACUUGGGAGCUUUAAUGCCAUGUUCAAUUUCAGUGGUUCUUGGCAACUUGACGCUGCAGCUACAAAAUCACUUGCUAUGAUUGGAUACUAUAUUCCACAUUUUAAGGUUGCACUGAAAAGCUCAAACUUAGUCUUACGUGAGGAUAUCAAGCGCGCCGUGCCUUACACAUGGGAUCCUGUGUCCUUGGCUAGUUUUAUUGAAAAUUUUGGGACGCAUAUCAUUACAUCAGCAACUAUUGGUGGAAGAGAUGUGGUAUAUAUCAGGCAGCACCAGUCAUCUCCCUUGUCAGAGUUUGAGAUUGAGCACUAUGUGAAAGAGGUUGGAGAACAGCGAUUUCUUGACUCAAAAAGUCAGUCAGCUGCUGCUCCCUUGAGCUACAAGGAUAAGGAUGUUACUGUAAUUUUUAGAAGAAGAGGUGGUGAUGAUCUUGUUCAGAGUCAUGCCCAGUGGGCAAAGACCGUAAAGUCAGCUCCAGAUGUGAUCAACAUGACCUUUACCCCUAUAGUUUCCAUGCUUGAAGGAGUGCCCGGUGUGAAGCAUUUAGCCCGUGCUAUUGACUUAUAUUUGGAAUACAAGCCCCCCAUUGAGGAUCUGCAGUAUUUUUUGGAUUUUCAAAUUGGUAGAGCAUGGGCUCCUGAACAAACUAACCUGCAAAGGAAAGAGCCCUUGUGUCCAUCACUUCAGUUCAGUUUGAUGGGUCCAAAGCUUUAUAUUAGCCCUGAUCAGAUUACAGUUGGCCGUAAACCUGUAACUGGUCUUAGGCUCAACCUUGAAGGCUGUAAACAGAACCGACUCGCUAUCCAUCUCCAACAUCUGGUGUCUCUGCCAAAAAUUCUCCAACCUCAUUGGGACUCGCAUGUUGCCAUAGGUGCCCCAAAAUGGCAUGGCCCUGAGGAGCAGGACAGCAGGUGGUUUGAACCCAUCAAGUGGAAGAACUUCUCACAUGUAAGCACCGCGCCCAUAGAGUACACAGAAGCCAACAUUGGAGACUUGUCUGGUGUUCACAUCGUGACUGGAGCGCAGCUCGGUGUUUGGGACUUCGGUGCCAAAAACGUACUAUAUUUAAAACUUCUAUUCUCAAAGGUACCUGGCUGCACAAUUCGAAGAUCAGUCUGGGACCACAGCCCCUCCACUCCUGCUACUCCAUUGAGAUCUGAUGGUGCCUCAUCAUCUUCCAGAACAAGAACUUCUGAAGAUAAAAAGGAAGACAGUUCAACCAAUGCUGGAAAACUUGCAAAAAUAGUAGACUUGACAGAAAUGUCCAAGGGACCCCAGGAUAUUCCAGGUCAUUGGUUGGUUACGGGGGCAAAGCUCGGUGUCGACAAGGGAAAAAUAGUAUUGCGCAUCAAAUACUCGUUGCUGAACUACUGAUCCGUCCUUGGUCGGGUUUCCCUUUACAAACUAUAAACAGAAAGUGGAGCAUUUUUUGCACAGAAUUCAUGUGUUCUUUUUUCUUCUCGUCCUACAUUUGUACAUCUUAUUAGUUUAGUUUGUAGCCAUUUUUUUCUUAUGUUGAUUGUCACAAUCAUUUAAUUAUAUUUAUAGUCAUGUUCUUGUUGUAUUCAUCAAAA